AUGGAGGAAAACGAUGAGAUUAUGGAUGACUUCCAGGAAGAAGACGUUGAACACGUAGGCGUUGGAAAGGUACAGCGUUAUUAGUUGUUAUCCAAAUUGAAUAUUUUCUAGUAUACGAAAUAGGAAUGCUUUCCUUUCUGACAUAGGUUCUAAAUUUCUUAAAAUCAAGAAAUGUAAGAGCAAGUGUGAUCAGUCGAUUUCGUACCGAAAAGGUAUGUACUGUACUGUAAACGGCUGUAAUUAAACACUGUAAUUAUUGAUUAGAAUAAUCCUGACCAAACCUUAUUCAUUAUUAUAUUAACCCCGAAGUUAUUAUUUUUAUUUACAAAUAUUUCACUACGCUAACCCGCCAAACUCUGAUUUUCAAAUAUAUUAUUUAUUUAUUUAUUUACAAAUAUUUUAAAAAGGUAAGUAAGUCUGAUUUUCAAGGGGCCGUUUCUAUUUACAAAAAUAUUCAUUCUAAAAAAUUACUAAAAAAUAUAUACACAAACAACACAAUCAUGCAAGUUUUAUAAGUCGAUAAUAUGCACAAGCCCACACUAUAUAUAUUUACUAUAUAUCUAUACACGCUAUAUACACUAUAUAUCUAUACCUGUAUAUAUUGCAUAAUUAUGAGGAUAAAAUACUGCUGAUGGAACUCAGCAUCUCCUGGCUAUAGCUAUGUCUCGCUGUAUACUGAAAUAUGAAACAUAUAUACUGCUUUCCAGAGGGUCCAGUAAAUAUUAAAGUGCUUUAUUAUCAUAUGAAACGUUUUAUUAUACCGUGUAUAAAUUCAGUUUUGGCUGCAAUGCGAUCUAUUAAAUCAAUUAUUGUUAUUAUUAUUAUUAUUUAUUUUUGAAAUUUACUGAAAACUCAACUCUAUAAAAUACAACAUGAAGCUAUUUGUAAAGGAGUUCGAAGUCGAGGGGCAUUUCACUCCAAAAAAGCGUACGGGAUUUUCGGAUUUUUAAAAAUCCGCGGAUUUUUUAGCGGAUUUUUCCCGGAUUUUUGAAGAAAAAAUCUGUUGGAUUUUCCGGAUUUGUUCGGAUUUUUUCCGGAUUUUUUGACGAAGUGUACGGGAUUUUUGAAGUGAAAUGCCCCUCGUUCGAAGUCGCAUUCACAUGGCACUUCACGUGGCUUUUUAAUUUUUUUUAUUAUUGAUGGUCAACAAAAGUACGGUCGGUGUUACUAAUACUAAAAUGACCGUACUAUAAAUACUAUUUUCUUAGGAACUUCAGCUAGCUCGGCUUUAGCUCAAGAGGUUAGGCAUAAAACAAUUUGCUCUACUCCCAGGGUUCAAGUCCGCUUCCGGAUGUUUUUGUAUUUUUCAGUAGCAAUUUUACUUAAAUUUUUUUUUCCUGACUACUUUUAACUUUUUUACUUGUACACGUUUAAAGGAUUGGGUAAGGGUUGGGAGUAGGGUCAGUUUAUUUUUUAAAAAUUUAAUUUAGCUCAGAGAUUUAGCUAUAAAUUACAGACUUGGCUGUCGGUCAAAUUAUGACGUCAUGGACAUGGUCAUGGUACGUUAGUUGGACAUCAUCUAACACCGACCCAAAAGUACUGUUGCUCGCUUAUAGUUAUUGCUAAGUGAACAGUAAAAUUUCGUUACUCUCACGUGAUGCAUUUUCCACCAAUGAGAUGCUAGAAAAAGUGAACUUUGACAAUUGUAUCGUGCCACCUUAACCUGAGAGAUUUUUGUAUUUGAUUGUCAUAUAAAGCUUAAGUAAUUGUGACCUACUCUCAGACAGAUGCAAAAACUCAGGACAAAUGAACACAGACACAGUUGUAACCAGACUUUACAUAUCACAGAUGGAUAUCUUUAUAAUAUGUACAAUUUUUGUACUAAUGUUAAAACAUUAUUCUAGAUGGACCCAGAUGCAAUAUGCGGUGCUGACGAUAAACUAUUGGAAGAUCUUGGCUUGUGCGCUAAAGGAGAUAUCUGUGCUUUGCGCUCAUAUUGCCAAGGAUGGAACUCUUCAAGCACGCCCUCAGGAUCAUUUACGCAGACUCCUGAAAGCUGUAGACAAGAACGAAAGCGAAAGCUGAUGGCUAUUUUGCAGUCUGGCAAGAAAACUAGGCUGAAGCAAAACGUUGCAGAGACUAGUACUAAAAGUAAAAAACCCAACAAUGUUGCUACGGGAUCUUCUGUACAAAUGAAGGAGAAAACAAGACGAAUCCAGCUUGGAUGGCUACAUUAUAAUAAGAAGGAAGAUCGUUACAUUCAUGUACGGGCAACUAAUGGGGGAGGAACUAGAAAUAUGGAGUUUCCUGCUGCAUACACUAAAGACAAUGUCCUGCAAGCAGCCAUUGGUAUCUUUUUCGAAAACGGACAGUCUAAGUUUGGUUUUGCAAAUGAGAUGGAAUUUGACCUUGCAAACUUUAAAAUGGAGAAAGUGGAUGUCUUAAGAGAUAACGAUGGAAUCGAAAAUCCUUUUACCAUACAAGGGUAUUUUCAGUGUUACAAGCUCUCAAAAGCGCGCAUAUAUCUGAUGUCAAAAGACAAGACUAUCACUGAAGUGACCAACAGUGAGACAGAGGUAGGGUGCGCUAUUUUUUGCACAUCGCGGUUUAUGCGUCAGAAAAAUAUGCCACACACAUUUGCGUGUGCAUGUCAUGGCAGGAAAACCGUUUGCUUUUUUUUAGAUUUGGAAAAUUUAAUACACAUAAAUUAUGUGCAAGAAAUGUACAAUAAAGCAAUUAGCGUUAUUUUAUAUAAAAAUUAAAUUAUAAUUAAAAAAUAAUUAUAUAGAUUAUAUCUUUGAUCAUGUUUGCUUUUGUAUUUAAGGUGAAUGCUACAUCAAAUGAUUUUCCUGCUUGGGAUGAUUUUUUUGACGAAGAAAACCAAAGCACAGUAGGCGACAGUCCACAAAUUUCCUCUCCCAUUUUCAACGAACCUACUAGUAAAAGCCAGCUCAUUGGCACAUCGGAAGAAAGAGCUUCAUUUUUCACAGAACUUGAAGGCAAAGUGCGAAGAUCGGAAUUAGCAGAUCAAGAGAAGGCUCGUGAAAACGAAAGGCAGAAAAGAGAAGCAGAACGGCGUGAAGAACUCCGUUUAUCUCGGGAAGCAAGAGUUUUUCCUGAAGUAGAAAUAGAUGAUCCAAGCCACAUGUUAGUUAAUGUACGCCAUAUUUCUUUUGGUAUUGUAACAAGGUCUUUCAAAAAAGAAUGGUCAGUCUCUGCAGUAUAUGACUGGAUAGGUUCCAUGUCUGCUCAACCAGAGCAUUUUUCGUUGACGUGUGCAACAACAAAGAAAUUAAUUUUUCCAGACGUUAAAUGUGAGACAGUACAAAGAACAACUCUUAAUAUGAGUGAGAGAGAAAUUCCAGUUCCACUAAGUGAAGAUGAAAAGGAAGUGUUUUUUUACGCGGGCAACUCAAGUCACUUUGAAGUUACCGAUGACACUGUCGUAACUAACACAAACUCGUUUGAACUGGAACAA